AAGGUGCAGGAGAUGUCUCCCUCCAGUCCCUUGUCAGCAGGAGAGGAGGCUGAACUUGAACAUUUGUAGUAAUGGAAUUGUAGAUGUUCUUGUUUUUCCUGGGCAGUGUUCAGCAUUAUUGUGAGCAUGUGCUUUUGGUGUGGUGCUCCCUCUCCUAAGGCUUGUCAUUAGCUUCAAAGUAAGCAGUGUGAUGUGAUUACAGGGGCGACAUCCACGGAUUAAAGAGCCACCGGGAAAGCUGUGGGAAUACAGAAGGAGCAGACAAGUAAGGUGACAGACCACAUCAAACAUGGCUUCGGAUGCCAGUCAUAUGCUGGAGGCGGCCUUAGAGCAAAUGGAUGACAUAAUAGCAGGCACAAAGGCAGUCACAGAGUUUGCCAGUGGAGUCUUUGAAGUGGGAUCACUGGUUCCGUCAGAAUACUUUGGGACUAUAACAAUUUUGCAUCUAAUAGAAGAAUUAAAAAUAUCACUGGAAUUGGUGGAAAACCCUCAAGAAAGGGAAGCCUUAAGGAAUCAGAUUCCCAACACAACAGCGUCCUAUGUCAUGGCGUGGCUAGAGAGUAACCUGGUUAAUCAUACAGUUGCAAAUAAUGAGACAUAUCAAGAACGACUGACACGUCUGGAAGGCGACAAGGAGUCCCUUAUUUUACAGGUCAGUGUCCUCACUGAUCAAGUAGAGGCCCAAGGAGACAAGAUCCGAGACCUUGAAUCGUGUGUAGAGGAACAUCACUUGAAACUUAAUGCUACCGAGGAAAUGCUCCAGCAGGAGCUUCUGAGUCGGACGUCUCUAGAGACCCAAAAGCUGGAUCUGAUGGCCGAAAUUUCAAACCUCAAGAUAAAGCUGGUUGGUUUGGAGAAAGAAAAGAACGACUGUGCGGAGUCCCACAAUAAGGCAGAGAUGCUAAUACAGGAGCUUAAAAACUUAAGAAUCAGAGUGGAGGAACUGGAAAACGAGAGAGCGCAGUAUGAGUGGAAACUCAAAGCAACAAAGGCUGAAAUUGCACAACUACAAGAACAGUUGGCACUGAAAGAUGCAGAAAUUGAGCGCUUACAGAGCCAGGUUUCUUCAAGAACAGUUGCACAAAAUGAAUCUUCAGAAAGAGAAGAAGUAUUUAGGAGGAGGAUAAAAGAGAAACAUCAGGAAGUUCAGAGGCUAAAGCUGGGAAUGGAGACAUUACUAGCAGCAAAUGAAGAAAAAGACCUUCGAAUUGAGGAGCUUACAAUGCUUCUAAACCAAUACAGACGGGUAAAGAACUUUGUGAUAGCAGCACAUGGUUCGUCAGAGAGAAUACUUUCUGCUAGCAGUGAAGACGAAGUGGAAUCUACUUUAAAGAAAUUGAUUCCAAAGAAUAACCAGACUAUAGAGCUACUGAAGUCUGAGGUGGGUUCCACUGUUUCAUCCCCAACUGCACCAACUUCCCCUCCUCAAAACAUCUUGGAAAACGGGAUUAGCUUGCCUGAUCCUCCUGAACAUUUAAACUCUCCACAAGAAGAAACUAUGGAGCAAAAGAAUAGGGUCCAGCCUCGACAGCUGUCCACCAGCUUGGAAGAUUUGCAGAGUGGAUCUAAGGAUAAGCAUGAUGAUGGGGAAAUAUCAGAGCCUGUUGUAACACCGGAGAGUAAAGCAGAUCCUAGGUACCAGACAUUACCGGGAAAACUCUCUCACUCCACCCCAAAUGGAUCCCAUGACGGCUACCGAAAACCUGCAUCCCAGAAUGCUUUACACAUAAACAGUGAAACAAAUGGAAUGCAGAGCUUGUAUUUUGGCAGAAGUGCCAGUGCCCCAGUAAUAGGUGAAAACGAAAACAACUUGGACAUCACCUUUAAUGACCUUUCUUCGGGUGGCACUGAUUCUGGGCCACAUUCUCCUCUCUCUCCUGAUGGCAAGAAGAGCCCAAAAGGCAUCAAAAAAUUUUGGGGAAAAUUAAGGAGAACUCCCUCAGGAAACUUCAAUACAGAUGAAUUAGGAUUGUCCGAAUUUAAAAGAGGAGGAAUGAGAGCCACAGCAGGACCAAGACUCCUCAUAACAAAGGAUCCCCGUAACAAAAAUAGUGAUUACAAUGCUCCUUUUGCUCAGUGGAGCAAUGAACAGGUCUGUAACUGGCUGGAAGAUUUUGGCUUGGGGCAGUAUGUCAUAUUCGCCCGGCAGUGGGUGAGCUCGGGUCACACACUACUCACAGCCACACCUCAGAGCCUGGAAAAGGAACUGGGCAUUAAACAUCCACUGCACAGAAAGAAGCUUCAACUGGCCAUCAGUGCCAUCAGCUGCAAAAAAGAUGAAAAAUCGGGGCAACUAGAUCACAUGUGGGUCACACGAUGGCUAGAUGACAUUGGCCUGCCACAAUACAAGGACCAAUUCCACGAAGCCCGGGUCGAUGGGAGAAUGCUACAAUACUUAACUGUGAAUGAUCUCCUGUUCCUGAAGGUCACGAGUCAGCUGCACCAUCUCAGUAUUAAAUGUGCCAUCCAUGUACUACAUGCAAACAAGUUCAACCCCAACUGCCUGCGGAGGAGACCCGCUGAUGAGAAUAAUAUCUCCCCUUCAGAAGUGGUGCAGUGGUCCAAUCACAGAGUCAUGGAGUGGCUGAGAUCUGCAGAUCUGGCAGAAUAUGCCCCAAAUCUCCGGGGCAGUGGAGUUCACGGCGGCCUUGUUAUCCUUGAACCUCGGUUUAACUCUGAUACCCUGGCCAUGCUCUUAAACAUUCCCCCCCAGAAGACCCUCCUUAGAAGACAUUUAGCUACAAACUUCAGUUUACUGAUUGGUCCAGAAGCUCAACAGGAAAAACGAGAGAUUAUGGACUCGACCACUUAUACACCCCUGUCUACCACUGCCAAAGUCCGGCCAAAGAAACUUGGACUCUCUCACUUCGGUCACCUGCGCAAGAAGAAGUUUGAUGACUCCACAGACUACGUAUGCCCCGUGGAUGCCAGCCCCCAGAAGAGCGACCUCAAGACCCCCAACAACAGUUCUAUCAAAGACAUAGACAAAGUGGACCAGAUGGUGCAUUCAGAGGGGAUGGUAAAGCAAAUAGGGGCUUUUUCUGAAGGCAUUAAUAACCUUACAAACAUGCUCAGUCAGGACGAGCUCCUCAACAACUACAGGUUUCUAUCCAACUAUGACUCUUGGAGAUAGUUCCCUGCACCACAGUACAAGUUCUGCUAUAAGGAACGAUUAAUCUCACGACAAGGACAGCGAUAAGGAACAAUAAUGAGAAGCCAAAGACAGGACGGGAGUAAUGCAAUUGUAUAUCCUGAUGAGAUAUUAUUUAUGUAAUAUGGAUCACGCACAACCUUGCUGGAUAUAGCUUUUUUAUCAGGAUCUUACUAAAGGGUGUACAUUUUUUUUCAAGUUUGUUAUUAAGAAAUAAUAUAAAAACUUUUAGAACCAACAUGUAUAUGAUGUUAUAAGGAAAUAUUUCACUCCGUAAUUGUCUUUAUACUGUAUUUACUUUUUUUAACUGUUAACUUUUAACCACCAAAAUUAGGCUAUGCUACCAUAGUGUGUUUUUUGUUUGAAAAAUAUGCUGCGAAAUCUUGAAGUAAAUCCUCCAAAUCCUGCUGUGUAUUUUAAAGCAUAUGUGUAAUUUCACAGAAAAAAGAAUAAUGCUUAUGUAGGUUAUUCCCUAGGUCAUGCAUGUACCUAGCUUCUGUAUUUGUCAAAUUCCUUUGAUCUGCUGCCCACUCAUUCUGACAUCCACUGCUCAGGAAGGGGCAUGUUCCAGGCAAGCACUAAGCCCGCCCUCACUCACCAUGCAUUCACUUCCUAUGGGUAUGUUCACACUACGGAAUUCCGCGGGCGGAAUUCCACGGUGUGAAACUUAACAUUAGUGUGAAUGGGUCUCCGCGAGACCCGUUCACACUGCGGAAUUUCAGCGGCGGACAAUUCCGCCGCUGAAAUUGUUCCGUGCAAAGAAAGAACAUGUUCAUUCUUUGCGCGGAAGUCCGCAAGCACCGCAUAGACGUCAAUGGUGACGGCGCAGUGCUGCGCAGUCCUACCUCUACAGCCAGCUGCCAAUCUGAAUCUCCGCUCGCUGAAUUCAGCAAGCGGAGAUUCCGUUCACACACUGUAGUGUGAACAAACCAUAAGUCUGCUAUACUGUGCUGAGUCUCUUCAUCCAAUCACUGCAGGCUGCUCUGUAACCACCUCCUCUUUGUUUUCAUGCUGUAGCCUGCAAUCCGGACAGGAGUGAGCACAGAGGAGUGCAAGUCCCGCCUUCACUGGACUAUGUUCCAGCCGGUGUGAGUUGCAGAACUGCAUCCUAUGCAGUUCUGCGUUCACUCCUCCCCUCAGCUGUCCUGAGAUUUCUGAACAGACUGUGAGGGGAAGGCAGAGCUGGGCAGGACACAGCUCUGCACCUCCCUCAGCUCCAGGGCCGGCUCCACAAUAGGCAAAAUAGGCAGGAGCCUAGAGCACUCUCUUGAUGGGGGCACCGUUCUGCCAUCCGCAAGAGAGUUAUUUCUCAAGGUCCUGAUAGUUGCUAAGCUCUCACCCCAGUAGUAAAGUGAUUACAUGAGAAGGGUGUUUGUUACAGUGUGUCACCCCAGUAGUAAGAAGAGGAAAUCAGGAGGAGGUUUGUUACAGUGUGUCACCCCAGUAGUAAGGUGGGGAGUGUCAAUGGGAGAAGUCAAGGGGUCGGUAAAAUUUGCUUUUGCCUAGGGUGGCAAAAAUCCUUCCACCAGUCCUGCUCAGCUCCGUACACAGUUCCCUCCCCGCACCUCUCUUAGGAGGAGAGGAGGGACAUAGAUUUUCAUAGCCCCGCUCAGAGACGUAAAUGUUCACAGCCCCACUCCUGUCACCUCAGCCCUGCUCAGGGACGUAGAAAAUAGGAAAUGUGAAAAUCUACAACUUUCCUGCUGACAGGAGCGGGGCUGAGGUGACAGUAGCGGUGCUGUGAAAAUUUACACCCCUCCUGCUUCAUCCUGCCCAGCUCUGUCUUCCCCACCCUUCGCUGUAUCUUCGGAAGUCUAUGAACAGCCGAGGGGUGAAGUGAACGCAUAAAUGCAUAGGACGCAGUUCUGCAUCUCACACCGGUACUUUAGCUGCAUCAAAAAGGAUACUGAAGCCGGUCAGUAUGUUCUGGAGGGUAUGAGGACCCCAAGUGGAUUUUUUUUUAAGCUAUGGUUUCUAUACAAAGAAGAUAAAAAAAUGUUUAUGAAGCAUAUUAGAAAAGUUAUAGUUUUGCCAGGAUGCGCAAAUGUUUUUGAAUCUGACAGUGCCCAUUUCAUCUGCUAUGGAUUUGGCCGCUGUUUUGUAUGUGGAUUAGCCCAGUAAAUCUGUGUUCUGGCUUCUCAAUGCAUUUUCCACACAGAAUAUAUCUGGAAAUUGCAUCAUUGCGACAUUUAUUUUUCAUUUAUAUAGUUAGAAUCUUACAGCAUUAGAUGAUGGGUUCUGUAUGGACCCCUGCUAAGCAGUCAAAGUCACCCAGCAUUGAGAAAUCAAAUUAUAGAACAACAUAAAUCAUAAAUGUGCUCAGGGUGUGCUAAAAUAUAACCUUUAAUGAUUAAAUCUAAAAGUCACCAAAAUAUUAGUGUGCCUGUGCACCCCAAAAUUUGGACUAAUGAUUCAAAUUGCGGUAAAGGUACUAGUUCAUUAGAUAGUCGGGUAGUGAUAUAUCCCAACUAUCACAGGUACUAGUCUUUACAAUUGUCAGCACCGGCUCAUUGCCCCAGCAGGGACAAAUUAUGGGUCAGUAAACAAAUGAUUACAACUACCAACGCGUUUCUGCCUCACUGUAUAGCCAGGCAUUAUCAGGGGGGUUAUUCGCAUUUAUGAUAAUUUUAUACCACAAAUAGAUAAACAGCCCUUCAUGGGCAUAAGUUUAAAAUAAUUAAUUAGCUACAACCUGUUGAGAAAAGCAUGGCAACACUUCAUAGAUAGUCAUUUGGCAUAAGGGAAUUUAAUUCCCCAACUUGUAGAGGAAAAAUAUGCACAAAUGACAAAUACUAAUGUGUUGUAACCAGUUCUCUAUUUUUCAGGAGUGCCGUCAUUGGACGGUUCUGUAGAGUGGACAGCGGGCGAUGCACCGACCUGCAUGUAGCGCAGGGAGCCGCUAGCUACGGCUCUUACCGCCUAGUAUGGCGAGGUGCCGACU